AUGCAAGUGUCCGACCGCGUAGCCAUCUUCUGGGACUUUGCGCCCUCUGGUGCCUCGGGGUACGACCUGGCUAGUAGUAUCCGAAAUUGUGUGCAACAAUUCGGUCCUAUCAAGCUCUUCAAGGCAUAUGUAGAUAUUUCAGAGCAAUCAGCAGGUCAACGAGGGACAUGUCUUCGCUCCGAGUUGCAACUGUCUGGUGUGUCAAUGACUGACACGCCACACAUGGGGAAGAAGAAUGUCGCCGACCAGAUGAUCAUUGUGGACAUGCUUGCAUAUGCAUUUGAUAACCCACAGUCCUCCACGACGAUCGUGUUAAUAACUGGAGACCGGGACUUCGCCUAUGCUGUAGCCAUUCUUCGUCUGCGCCAAUUCCACGUCGUAGUGAUCUCACCUUCAGUCCCGUCACCACACACCAGUUUGACAGCCCAUGCAUCAAUGUGUAUUGACUGGAAUAAAGCAAUCAUGCAGAACAUAGGAUUGGAGACCCCGACUUCUCAAACUGUUCCGCCAGAUCGAACGAAAACGGAGUCACCUCCAACGAAAGUAGAGUCACCCCCAACAAAGGCAGAGCCGUCCCCAUGUCCCCCGAAUUCUGCUCCUGCUGCCUGUCCGACACAACCAGUGAAUUCUGGUACUUGCAACUCAUCACAGCCUCCCCAACCUAAGCCUCCCUCCGUCCCUGCCAACCUGCCAAAGCCUGUCCCCCUUGAAACGAAUAAUCGCUCUCGCUCUGCUGAUCCUAUUCGCAGAACUCAAACUCCUGAUUCUAUAGGCAGUUCUACUCCUGCACCAACUUAUACUGCUCAUCCGCCACCAGUCUCUCCGGUUCCACUCCAGCCACCUGACCAGGUGCCACAAUCGGGCGUCCAAGGAGACAGUAAUAACACCUACACACCUCCACAAACCCCUGGUGUCAAUCAUCUCUCAAGAGCACAGCCUGUCCGAAAUUUAUCGAUGCCAGUACAGUUUCCUUCAAUUGCGCCAGGAUACAUAGCCACGUCGCCCACUAUGGCACCUCCCGCUGUAUCGGGAAUAGCACCAGUUCCGUCAGUCUUGCCCUCUAAUUCCGCUCCCCUGUAUCCUCCAGUCCAACAACCUGAAGCGGCCCCUCCUGCAUCCCGCAAGGUUGUUCCCGUGCGAUUUUCCAGUCUUGUAAAGCUUCUUGAGGCUCAUCGUCGGAACGGUUCACCUCGCCCUUUCCGUUCAGUCAUCGCGGUCGAACUGGUCCAGUCAGAUAAAGCCAUUUACAAGAAAGCUGGAGUGGAGAAAUUCAAGCAGUACGUGGCCCUGGCCGAAUCUGAGGGCAUUGUGGAGCUCGGGGGAAUGGAAGGAGGUGCCUGGAUAGGCCUUCGUACGGAUUAG